AUGGGAAGGGUUUCGGACUGGAUAUGGGAUAUUUGUAGACGAAUGGAGUGCGUGUUUGAAUUCGGCGGCGGUGUGGUGCACGGAUGUGUGGGCGGGCGCUGCGGACCUCGCGUUGUGCGUGUGGCCCUUCGCAACGCCUCGUCCAACAGGGCCUGCAUACUAUUUCCACUUUGCACUAGACUUACGCAUGUUGAGCAGCAGUCGUUGAGAACAGUGUUCGAUGCUGUGUCGAGUUCUUCAGGGCCUCGAGGUGCUCAGCAGCGACGAACGUCAUUCGGACGGUCUAGAUCUGAGACGGAAAUUCUUGUGGCACUGAAGCUUGCGUAUGAUCUGCGUCUGGUUUCGUUGCGUGAUGAGGAUGCGGCAGGAGUCGUGGUGAGCAUGGGGGAGCUGAGCGACCGUUGA